AGUUUCUUGCAGUAACUCAGGCAAGGGUCUUUCGCGCCGAAGUAAUUCAUCACUGAAAUUUCUUCGGGUUGAGAGAAGAUCUUUCUUCGCAAAGAUGUCGACAUGGAACGGCCCAGUCCAGGACACUGUCCUUCCAUCUACCAAUCCUUAUGGGAACUAUACAGUGGUAGAUACAGCGCCAGAAAGUAUUCUUCAUAUGGUGCAUUCUCACUGGUAUCAGUUCCCUCCCAUGAAUCCCCUCUGGUAUGGACUCCUCGGCUUCUGGAUGGUUAUUAUGGGAACGUUGUCCCUGGCUGGUAAUUUGAUUGUCAUCUGGGUAUUCAUGAAUACCAAAUCUCUACGAUCACCAGCCAAUCUACUGGUCGUCAACUUGGCCAUCUCCGACUUCUUCAUGAUGCUUACCAUGACUCCUCCUCUCCUGGUCAAUGCUUAUUGGGGAACAUGGAUUCUCGGCGCUUUCUUCUGUGAGCUGUACGGCUUUUUCGGUUCAUUCUUCGGCUGCGUGUCCAUUUGGUCCAUGGUUUUCAUCACUGCCGACCGAUACAACGUCAUCGUUAAGGGAGUAUCUGCUGAACCUCUGACAUCUGGCGGUGCUAUGAUGAGGAUUGCAGGAGUUUGGACUUUCACUCUUGCCUGGUGUCUCCCUCCCUUCUUCGGAUGGAACCGAUAUGUACCUGAGGGUAACAUGCUUGCAUGUGGUACUGACUACCUGACGGAGACUGAAAUAUCUAGGAGUUAUCUCUACAUCUACUCAGUAUGGGUAUAUCUUUUCCCUCUUGCAUACAUCAUCUACAGCUACACCUUCAUCGUCAAGGCUGUUGCUGCUCACGAGAAGGGAAUGCGAGAACAGGCUAAGAAGAUGGGAGUCAAGUCCCUGAGAAGUGAGGAAGCCCAGAAGACCUCAGCUGAAUGCCGUCUGUGCAAGGUUGCUCUCAUGACCGUCACCCUGUGGUUCGUGGCAUGGACCCCAUACUUCAUCAUUAACUGGGGAGGAAUGUUCAACAGGACCAUGGUCACUCCUCUUUUCUCCAUCUGGGGCUCCGUCUUCGCCAAGGCCAAUGCCGUCUACAACCCCAUCGUUUAUGCUAUCAGCCACCCCAAAUACCGUGCUGCCCUUGAGAAGAAGCUGCCUUGCCUCGCUUGCAAUACUGAGGGCAGAGACGAUGGUGGUUCUGAUGCUGGAUCAACUGCCACUGCUCAAAGCACUGAGAAGGCCGAGUCUACAUAAGAUUUUUUUUUCUGAUAUAAACGUUUUCAUAAGAUCAAUGGUAAGAAGUAAUUCCUGUCCAGAAUCCUUUGAUAAUUAGAAUAAAAACUCACA